AUGUCGUCUGAGGCUAAAGCUACAUUUACACUCUAUACCGCGCCAUCACCCAACGGCUAUAAAGUUUCCGUCACACUGGGUACGACAUGCCUUGCUGCAGGAUCUAGAGCUGAGUGCUCAAUUUGUCUUCUGCAGACACUCGACUUUUCCAUCCUUGAACAAAAACAACCUUGGUUUUUAAAAAUCAACCCUAACGGUCGAAUCCCCGCCUUGACACACCAUUACCUAAACGGGAAGAUGUCACACUUCAACGUCUUCGAAAGUAGUGCCAUAUUGCUCUACCUAGUCAAGCACUUCGAUAAGGAGAGAAAAAUCAGCUUUCUGGAAGGUUCGGAGGAAGAAAGCGAGUGUUUACAAUGGAUUUUCUUUAUACAUGGUGGUAUUGGGCCCAUGCAGGGUCAAGCGAUUCACUUUACGAGAUAUGCACCUGAAAAAAUCCCCUACGCCAUAAACCGAUAUACAAAUGAGACUAAACGUCUCUUUACCGUACUGGACGAUAGAUUGAAAGAAGGUGAAGGGAGGGAUUAUCUUGUUGGAUCCGGGAGGGGGAGGUACAGUAUUGCGGAUAUUAGCGCUUGGACUUGGUAUGUUCUCUCCAUCCAAUAUCUUAAUUCGGAGACGAUAGAAUCGUACCCUCACUUCAAAGGGUGGUUAGAUCGGAUAGGUGAAAGGCCAGCGGUCCAGUUGGGGUUGAGUGUGCCACUGCUACCGUUACAAAAGUAG